AUGGUGCCCAAUGAUGACGGCAUUGGUGAACACGUAGGACUAAAAGUCUGGUCACUGCACAAUAAAGCCGAUGGAUCAUUUGCACCACAAGCUAAAUUGCACCACAUCACAAUGUACUCCUGUUUUAUUGUCUCUGGUAUUGUUGAUCUUCUCUCCCUCUGCAUUCGAUAUCCUAAACAUACUUCAAAGCUAUUUCUCACUCUUGCCUUCUUUGUGGAAGCAUUCAUCUUUUACUAUCACACCAAAGGUGACCAUGACCGUAGUCAAUUGGAAGUUCUUAUGCAUGAGUUACUUGUCAUUAGCAUUGGGGUCUGUAUGCUGUUUGCUGCUCUAAGGAUGAUGCAGUCUUCAAACAUGCUAAUCAAUGGAGGAUUAGCUUUAGGGAUAACGCUGCAAGGUACUUGGUUCAUUGAGGUCGGGGUUGUUAUAUUUGGCCCUACAAAGUGGGACGAUGUACAUAACAAUUCUAUGUUCAUUGUUGCAUGUUUUGUGUGGCAUUUUAUGUGCAUUGGAGUUGCAAUGUUUGUACUGCUUACUGUAAUGCAGUGUGGAGUCCAACGCUACACCAAAAAAGAAACAUAUCAACUGUUAGAGGAGAAGCUAGACUUAGAUAAUUGA